AUGUCUCUCAGAGAUGAGCAGAGCAAGUUGGAGGCUCUUAUCAACAGCGCUGACCGUCUCCACUUUAUAGGUUGCGUGACGUGCAAGGCAAAGCGGUUGAAGUGCGAUGAAACCAAGCCAACAUGUCAACAGUGCGAGCGGCGCAAAGUCAGCUGCGGAGGAUACAAAAAAGACUUCAAAUGGCGACCGUUCGAGGAGACCAACUUGGCUCCGGGAAAGCCUCCCAAGGCCAAAAAGGUCAACCCGCCCACUCAACAGGUCAAUGGGGGCAGUUUUCCGACACCUCCCACAACGGAACAAUCGACGUCUCCUGUCCGGAUACAAUCAUACAUGCAUCACUCGCAAUCACCACCCGGAUCGCUGCAUAGUUCUCCGAUGAGCAUCAACAGUUUUCCGUCCGAAGCACCCUCGCUGGAUGAGCUCCCUGAUGUUCCAGACGAUGCUUCUAAACCACGGCACAGUGUGCCUCUCGACAUUAAUGUAUCAUUGUCCGCCGACUCUCCCUCUUUCAACUUUCUCUCUUUUCUGGAACCAUACCAAGAUUCACUGUCACUUGCAGACUCUUUGGCA